AUGGAUUGCGUAAUCGACCUCGACGAGCUCGAGACUUGUCCACCCGUAUCAUCGCCGCGGGAGGUUGAUGUGGACAUACAAGAUCCCGCGCAGAGCCCCAGCGGGGUGCCAAAAGAUCUUGACGUGCUGUUAGCUGCUGUGCCUUCAGUUGGGCUUGAACCGGAUGCCGAAUUCCAAACUAUGCAAGAGCUAAGUGGAAAUCGUGACGGCCACAGUGAUGUUCCCGUCUUUGCCACUGGACUACAGUCAAACGAUCCCCAUGCCGCACCAACAACUCCCAAUCCCGGCAGCCUUCAUUCUUUCCCAGAAGGCUAUCUUGAGUUCUCUCAUGUGGAGAUUCGGAACUGCCAUCCCUUGGAGAAGACCAAAUCUUCUAUUAGGACCUUGGAAAACACCACCAAUCAGCCGAUUUCGAGUUGUUUUGGCAAGGGGCUUGACCCAACCUAUAUGGGUUUAGGUUAA